AUGAAUCGACUUGACUUCGGUGAGGUAAUCUCAUGUCAAGGUGUAGCUCCAUUUGACAUAACUUUGGUGGUGAAGGAUGGAAAGCAGUUCCAUGCUCACCGAAAAGUUCUUUCAAAAGCGAGUCCAUUCUUUGAAAGGCUUCUCAGCAGCAACAUGAAAGAGAGUAAUGAAGGAGUUAUUCGGCUUCACACGAUAACCGAGUCUCAGAUGGCGGACAUUCUGCGGUUUAUUUACAGUGGCAGUAUUCUGAUUUCUACUCAAGAAAAUGCAGAGAACCUGAUCGAAACGGCUGAUUUUCUUCUCCUUUCAAAUCUUAAAACUAUCGCCGAAAAAUUUCUCGUGCAACGCAUCACCACUGAGACCUGCUUUUCAAUUAACUACUUGGCAGAACAAUAUUCAUGUGAGACGCUGAUCACGAGCACCCGGAAAAUCAUCAAUUCAGACUUUACCACCGUCACUACUUCAAACGAGUUUCUAAAUUUGCCAAGCCAUGAGGUUGAAAAAUGGAUUUCAAGCGAUGAGAUAGUGAUUGACGCCGAGGAAAACGUUUUUGAAAUCAUACUAAGAUGGAUUGAUCACGACAAACGCGGAAGAAGCGGAAAAUUCAGCGAACUGUUUAGUCAUGUACGACUUACUUAUGUAUCGCGUGACUAUUUACGGAGUCAUGUCGUGACUCAUGGUCUUGUGAGAGAAAACGUAGACUGCCUCGACAGUGUGAGAGGCGCAUUAGAGUGGCUUGAUCGGCCAACAGAUUGUGAUUUUUCACGCUCGCAUUCUCCUAGGAAAUCUUUAACGAUAAAUGUUAUCGUGAUCGCGGAUUUUUUUGGAGAACUGCAACCGUGCUUUUAUCUUCCAGCAACAGACGAAUGGUACCUUCUGCCAGCAACUGAAUGCCAGCGACUCAAGACCACGGAACACAAAGUUUCCGCGACAGUUUCUUGUCGAGGCAAAGUGUUUUUUAUUACUGAUGAUAUAGCCAGAUCGCAAUGCUAUGACCCAGAUUCGAACCGCUGGUCUCCAGCACCGUGGACAAACAACCUCCCAUUCUCCGUAGGAAAGCCGUUGGUUGUCGAAAACCAAAUCUGUUUCAUUGUAGAAGAAACUGACUCGACCACUCUUUGGGCAGCCAGCCUCGACUCAAAUUCGUUGACGCCCUUGCAUAACUGGGUUGAUAGAGUAUCUUUUUGCGUUGUGGCUGUAGACAGUUACAUGUACGUCAUCGGUGGAGGUGUGAGGAACAGGUUAGACAGAUCGCUCUCGGAAUGUACAAGGUUUAAUACUGAGAAAAAUGAAUGGCAAAAAAUAGCGCCUUUGAAUCAGGCGAGGUGUGACGCUUUUGGUGUCUGUAAAAAUGAAAAGAUUUUCAUUGCUGGAGGUUCGACAUCGGAUGGACUGGAAAUUGUAUACCUGGAAACUUGUGAAGUUUACAACAUUUUAACUGACGAGUGGCAGUUUGUGUCCAACUUGACACUUCGUCGAACUUGGGGGAGUAUGAUGUUGGUUGACGAGACUUUAUACGUACUGGGUGGGCGCACGAAAAUGCGUUAUCAGAGUCCAGGGAAAUUCAGCAAUAAAGUUGAGUGCUAUAACCUUGAAAGUGAUGCGUGGUAUGUCAAGGCUAUUGUUCCCAUCAACAAGAUCGCUAUCAGGAAAAGGGAGCAGCUAGAUUUUAUAUGUUACUUUUUGAAAGGCUGUUCUCUUCGAGUGUUUAAAGGAGUUCUGACCAACUUGGAGUGUAUAGCGUAGAGUGACUGUACUAGUAUUCUGUUCGCCCGAUUCGACAUACGACUGUCAAAAACUGUGCGUUGAUUUGUUUGUUUGUUU